AUGUCGCCCCAGACCACCAGUAUAGCCGAAGUGGCUGUAUAUCCCAAGGAUGGAAAGCUAACCCUCGCCAACGGCUACAUGCCUGAACUGCCGGCCAAGCAUCUCAAUACUCCAGUCGAGGUCACGCCUUCGCCGGAGGAGAUAGCUACGGGACAUUUCAAUGAUGCCAAUAUCAAAUUGUUUCUCUCCGGCAUGCAUCGCGAUGGUGUGGUUAUACUCAAGGACGUUGUCAAUCCCGCACAUCUUGACAUUAUCAACGAGUUCAUGGAGGAGGACACCAAGAACGAAUUGAGCAAAGAAAACCUCUACCAAAACUUUGGGGCCGAGAAUCUGCAACAAGGCCCACCUUUGACGCCGUCCAAGUACUUCUUCGAUGAUGUGUUCCUAAACAGGCUGCUCUUCCACGCUGUGAACUUAUACCUAGGGCCUAAUGCCACAUGGAACAUGGUCACCGGAAAUAAUGCUUUGCCCAACGGCGUUAAGCGACAACCUGUACAUUCCGAUGCCAUGUGCAACCAUCCACCAGCACCAUUCUAUGUGGUUGCUAACGUCUACACAACGGAUGCCAGUGCUGCCAAUGGUUCUACGGAGAUAUGGCUCGGAACUCAUCAUUAUAACACCGAAGCUCAAACCCCAAUGGGCCCGAAAGGCGAGACUCACAUUACUGAUGAGUACGUCGAGGAGCGAAAGAAGACUUUGCCUGGAUUCCAGCCCACUGUCAAGAAGGGGUCAAUAUUGUUUCGUGAUAUGAGGUUGUGGCACGCCGGGGUUUGCAAUAAGUCUGACGCGACUCGGUACAUGAUUGCUCUGGGAUUCUCCGCCAGCUGGUGGCAUGGAACUGCGCGGUUCAGGGUGCCUGCAGAUACUGGUGUCUAUGAGCGCAUUGUUCAUGGUACCAAGAACCAUGGCGUGACGCCGCUGAUGGUGGAGUUGCCUCCUGAAGAGUACGAGAGACUACGCAACGCGCAUGAUUUCAGUGACGUGGAGAAGAUGACCUAUGAAGGCGAGAUAUUCUAG